UGUAUUUAAAUCGGCGCCAAAAUCACUGUUUCCUUUUACAAUUAAGUUCAGUUUUUGUGUUAAGGAUAAUUCAUAAAUUUAUUUUCGAUUCGAAUUUCAAACAUCCAGUGUUUCCCGUCUUCGUUGAGCUAAAAUGGAACUAGUCAAUUCUCCACCAACUUACCACACCAGCAUCGCCCAAAAAACCCGUUCGAAAAAUGCUGCCCAUCAUCGAUUUAAGUACGGUUCUCCGAAGCUGGUGGACAUGAUGCGAGAGAAAUGCCGCCUUCGCAUCAAGGAAGCUCGCGGUGACCAGUUGCUUCGGAAGCGAAACAUUGUGCAAGAGGAAAAGGCUCUCCUCGAGUCGAUUGUUCGCCAAGAGCUAUCCGAGCUAGAGCAGGACAUCCAACUGCAGGAGCUGAUCUUCCAGGAGUUGAUAGCGGAAACGGACGAAUGGUUGUUCGAAGAAUAUGAACGAUCCGGAUGUUACAUGAUCGACGAGUACGGGGAAGAGGUCGUGUUUUGUCCCGUUUGUCAGAGGGACAAGCUCGCUAAAGCGAAGGAGGGAGAUUUUGUACAGUGCUCGUGUGGGAUCAAGUUGAAGCAUUCCGGUGGAAUCGAUCAGAUUGGGAGGAUUAUUCGGAGGGCGCUUGAAGAGCACGGUAUAAGGUGCAACGAUGAGGUACAGUUUUUUCUCGAGCCGGACGCAUCGGAUUGCAGCUUCGGAUGGUUGAAUGUGUUUUGCCCGAACUGUGACUUUUGUAGGAACUUGACUAUGUAAGGUGUUAUUGAUUUUUCUUUGUUAGUAUACUUUUUCGAUAUUAUGUAGUUUGUAAGACUGAUUUAUCAUUUUAUUUUUCAG